UGUGGGAGAAGGGAGGGACCAGAGGAGAGAGCCAGAGAGGGCUCCCGACUCAGGACUCAGUUCGCCGACUAAGCAGAAGGAAGAUCAAAAAAGGGAAAAGAGCAGAGCAAACAGGCACUUUCAAGAACAAUUCCCCCAUUCCAAGCCGGCAGCGCUCUAGGGAUCCAAAUCCAGGGCCUACCGAGGACAAAGGCAACCCCGAGGGAGAGGCGGCGCGACCCCAGGGCGUGGGCCCGGCCUCGGAGCCCGCACUGUCCCGCUGCCCCGACGGUCGCGGACCAUGUCUCCCGCCCCACGACCGUCCCGCAGCCUUCUGCUCCCCCUGCUCACGCUCGGCACCGCGCUCGCCUCCCUCGGCUCGGCCCAAAGCAGCAGCUUCAGCCCCGAACCCUGGCUACAGCAGUAUGGCUACCUGCCUCCUGGGGACCUACGUACCCACACCCAGCGCUCACCCCAAUCACUGUCGGCCGCCAUCGCUGCCAUGCAGAGGUUCUACGGUUUGCAAGUGACAGGCAAGGCUGAUGCAGACACCAUGAAGGCCAUGAGGCGCCCCCGCUGUGGUGUUCCAGACAAGUUUGGGGCUGAGAUCAAGGCCAAUGUUCGAAGGAAGCGAUAUGCCAUCCAGGGCCUCAAAUGGCAACAUAAUGAGAUCACUUUCUGCAUCCAGAAUUACACCCCCAAGGUGGGCGAGUAUGCCACAUACGAGGCCAUUCGCAAGGCAUUCCGCGUGUGGGAGAGUGCCACACCACUGCGCUUCCGCGAGGUACCCUAUGCCUACAUCCGCGAGGGCCAUGAGAAGCAGGCCGACAUCAUGAUCUUCUUUGCCGAGGGCUUCCAUGGCGACAGCACGCCCUUCGAUGGCGAGGGUGGCUUCCUGGCCCAUGCCUACUUCCCGGGCCCCAACAUUGGCGGAGACACCCACUUUGACUCUGCUGAGCCCUGGACUGUGCGGAAUGAGGAUCUGAAUGGGAACGACAUCUUCCUGGUGGCUGUGCAUGAGCUGGGCCAUGCCCUGGGCCUUGAGCAUUCCAAUGACCCCUCUGCCAUCAUGGCGCCCUUCUACCAGUGGAUGGAUACAGAGAACUUCGUGCUGCCUGACGACGACCGCCGGGGCAUCCAGCAGCUCUAUGGGAGUGAGUCAGGGUCCCCUACCAAGAUGCCCCCUCAACCCAGGACCACCUCCCGGCCCUCUGUCCCUGAUAAGCCCAAAAAUCCCACCUAUGGGCCCAACAUCUGUGAUGGGAACUUUGACACCGUUGCCAUGCUCCGAGGGGAGAUGUUUGUCUUCAAGGAGCGAUGGUUCUGGCGGGUUAGGAACAACCAAGUGAUGGAUCAAUACCCAAUGCCCAUUGGCCAGUUCUGGCGAGGCCUACCUGCAUCCAUCAACACUGCCUAUGAGAGGAAGGAUGGCAAAUUUGUCUUCUUCAAAGGAGAUAAGCAUUGGGUAUUUGACGAAGCCUCCCUGGAACCUGGCUACCCCAAGCACAUUAAGGAGCUGGGUCGAGGCCUACCUACUGACAAGAUCGAUGCCGCUCUCUUCUGGAUGCCCAAUGGAAAGACCUAUUUCUUCCGUGGAAAUAAGUACUACCGUUUCAAUGAGGAGCUCAGGGCGGUGGACAGCGAGUACCCCAAAAACAUCAAAGUCUGGGAAGGAAUCCCUGAGUCUCCCAGAGGGUCAUUCAUGGGCAGCGAUGAAGUCUUCACUUACUUCUACAAGGGGAACAAAUACUGGAAAUUUAACAACCAGAAGCUGAAGGUAGAGCCGGGCUAUCCCAAGUCAGCCUUGCGGGACUGGAUGGGCUGCCCAUCGGGAGGCCGGCCUGACGAGGGGACUGAGGAGGAAACGGAGGUGAUCAUCAUCGAGGUGGACGAAGAGGGCAGCGGGGCAGUGAGCGCGGCCGCCGUGGUGCUGCCCGUGCUGCUGCUGCUCCUGGUGCUGGCGGUGGGCCUCGCAGUCUUCUUCUUCAGGCGCCAUGGGACCCCCAAGCGGCUGCUCUACUGUCAGCGCUCUCUGCUGGACAAGGUCUGACCCCCACUGACAGCCCACCCACUCCUCCCAUGAGGACUUGGCCUUUGAAGGCCAGUGGCAGCAGGUGGUGGUGGGUGGGCUGCUUCCACCUGUCCUGAGACCCCUCCCCCCAGCGUCCCUUCUUCUCUCUGUCCCCUGAUGGUCCUCUCCCACCCUCCCUCACCCCUGGCAUUGCUUCUUCCCUAGACAGGAGCCCCGAGGGCUGAGUGGGAGGGCAGCCCCUUCCAGCUUCUGCCCCUCAGGGAAGCCCUGCAGCUUGAUGUGUGUCCAGCCCUAUCUGAAUGUCAUGAGGGCUCUGCACUUGAAGGCAGGACCCUCGGACCUCGCUGGCAAAGGUCAAAUGGGGUUAUCUGCUCCUUUUCCAUCCCUUGACAUACCAUAAACCUCUGAACUCUGACCUCAGGAGGGUCUGGGCACUCCAGCCCUGCAAGCCCCAUGUGUACCCAGUAAGCAGCCUCCCACCGCUCACUUUCUGGCUAAAAGACAUCUAAUCUUGGGGGGCAGAGACCUGAGGCAUGGGCAGGGGUGAGGACUGCCCAGCUUCCCUAAGACCUUGGGAGGAUAUCUCAGAGAGAGUCUUCCUUGCCUGGUCAGUCGCGUCCCUCUCCACAAAGAUCUGCCUCUGCCCCACCUUCCCAAGGACCUCCAAGGAAGGAGCCUGAGCCAUUAAGGACGAAACUGGGGCUGCAGAAGCCUUUGCAGCCUGCCCUUCUCAGAGGGUAGCCUUGAGUGGGGAUUUUCAGGUUGGAAGAACCGAAACAGGGGCCCAGCUCCCAGUGGGGUGGGGCCAAGGGGAAAGAUUCAGGUCUGGAGCCCUGGGGGUGAGCCUGAAGGCCCCAAGAAAACUUUGCUCCCACAUGAGCAGAGCAGUCAGAGGGAACAAGAUGGGACCAGAAGAGGAAAUGAGGGCGUCCCACAGCAGAGAACCAUUGUGGCUGGGCGACCAGGCCAGCAGGGCUGCCCCAAUGGGCCAUGGUACCCAGGGCAAGGCGUGUUCCAUUUGUGUGCUCAGGAAGGGCCCUAAGGAUGAGCACUGGCUCCUCUUCGAUCUUCCUUGCAGACCAGCCAGUGUGGAGGGGAAGAUGGGAGGCACAGAGGAAGGCGCAGAGAGGGCACACAGACUGGGACUGGAGACUUGGGGACUUUCGUGAGAGAGGCCACUUAGUUGAGGACUAGAGGAGGCUGCCAGAGGCCUGCGGCGCUAGUCUUUGUCCACCUCGCCGUGUCAGUGAGAGGGCAGGUGCCCGGGCAUUACUUCACAGUGCCCGGACUCAGUCUGUCUUCUUGGUGUCCUGCCCUCCCUCUCCCCAACCAGCCCACCCAAUGGAAGUCUCCUUCGACCACCAAAGGUGGUGGUCAUGGUACCGGGGACUUGAAGAGGGACCCUGUGGAGGAGUGAGAGGAGAAGCAUGUAGGGCGGGGGGGGGCCUGGGAGUAGGGAAAAUGGGGAAAAUGGUGCUGGCAGUUCGGCUAAAUUUCUGUCUUGUUUGUUUUUUUUUUUGUUUUUGUUUAAUGUAUAUUUUUAUUAUAAUUAUUAUAUAUGAAUUCCAUUCAAAUUGUUCCCUUUUAACAAGGG